AUGGCCAACCCCAGAGUCGAAGAGCUUCCCGACGACGAGACCCAACGUCCCACCGUCGACCAGAACGACAGCAGCGACGAGUCCGACGUCGAGGAGGGCGAGGCUAACCUGCCCGCCGGCUCAACCGCCGUUGUUCACUCCCGCAACGAGAAGAAGGCCCGCAAGGCUCUCGAGAAGCUGCACCUCACCCGCGUGCCUGGCAUUACUCGUGUCACCCUCCGCCGCCCCAAGAAUAUCCUCUUCGUUAUCAACAACCCCGAGGUUUACAAGUCCCCCAAUAGCAACACCUACAUUGUCUUUGGUGAGGCCAAGAUUGAGGACAUCAACGCAACCGCCCAGGCCGCCGCCGCCCAGCAGAUGGCUGCUCAGCAGGCUGCUGAGGGUGGUGAGCACGCCGGUCACGAUCACGCCGGCCACAGCCACGCCCAGGACGGCGAUGCUAAGAAGGAGGAGGAGGAAGAGGAGGAUGACGACGAGGAGGUCGAUGCUGAGGGCAUCGAGGACAAAGAUAUCGAGCUGGUCAUGACACAGGCCAAUGUGAGCCGUAACAAGGCUAUCAAAGCUCUCAAAGAAAACGACAACGACAUUGUCAAUUCCAUCAUGGCUCUCAGUAUCUAG